UUGAUGAAGCUAAAAAGUGCUUACUGAAAGGGACUGGAUAUACAUCUCCACUGAGAGACACAUGCAGAGCAUUUCAAAUAAAGAGGUCAGUGCUGGCAGUAAACUAGUGAACUGAGAGCAGGACGCCAUUUAUGGGAAUUAGAGGAAGGAUUCAAAGAGCUGAAGGGCUUGCAACCCCAUAAGAACAGCAAUGCCAACCAAAUAAACCACUAGCAAAAGACUAUACGUGGACUGACCCAGGGGUCCAACUGCAUAUGUAGGAGAGAAUAGCCUUGUUGGGGCACCUGUGGAAGGGGAAGCCCUUGUUCUUAACAAGGUUGGACCCUGAGUGCAGGGAAAUAUCCGGGAAGGGGUUUCUAAGUGGCAUGGAUUGGGGGACCAUAUAUAUGGGAGAGGGCACGGCAGGGGGGUUUAUGGACCAAAAGCUGGGAAAGGGAAUAACGUUUGAAUAAAACAUAUAUAUCUAUUAAAAAAACUAAAAUUUAAAAAAAUGAUACUAAUGCCAAAAAAUAAUCAAAAAAUGUGAAUAAGAAAGAAAUUUUAGGAUUUGGAAAAAGAUGAAUGCCAGGUAUUUGAAAAACUGUAUGAUCAUGGUAAACACUUUAAUAUACUUGAGAAAUUUUUUUACAUGUUAAUGAACUGCAUCUUUUUAAAUAGUGAAUGGAAAUCCAGUCCCUUCCUGGCUGUGAGGCUGGGGAUCCAGAUGUAGUGGAAUUCAUUAUUUGUUGGUCCUGAAUCUUUGAGUCUGCUUCUAACUCAGCUUAUGCCAAGGAAACUAGGCCAAGGUGAUAUCUAAGCCAUUGACCAAACUAUCUGGACUAACAAUCACAGGUGAAAUUCCACCUUGUAAGUGGGAGGAGAGGAAUAAAAGAUACCUUUAAGGAUUUAAAAAAAAUGAAAUGUACCCCAAAAAAUCCAAUAAAAAAGUUUAAAAUAAAAAUAACUUAGGAAAUACAAAAUACUGGGUUACCAUUCCACAAUCAUGAUGUGUUUCUUCUGUGAUAGCUUACAGGUUAAUUUACUUUUCUAUGACUGUUUUCUUAUUUGAAAGUAAGUAAUGGCAUCAUCUGUGGAAUGAUGGUGAGAACAAAAGCUUUGCCUAACUUGAAUAAUCGAUCCCUCCAGAGCAUGUGCUUAACAUUCUAAGCACAGGGAAAUUUCCUGAGGGGAUUAAAGAACAAAAUCCAAACAUAAAACAGGAACAACAAUGAUUUAAAAACAUUCUGCAUUCUGGGUAUGAAGGCAUGUUACAACUUUAAUCAGCUUUGUAGGUAUUUCUAAUAAACACACAAAGAAACAAAAAUCCUAUCACAGUCCUAGCAGUUGCAUCCAACAAAGAGAGAGCUGUGAGGUAGUGUGUGCUGCUUCUUUCCCCAGAUACCCCUGGGCCUCAGGCCUGCACCCAGUGAGCUGGACCAAGAGCAGCCAGGUUGAAAUUCCUGCUGCCAUGGCAGGAUUCUGCAGGAACAUUUCCCUUUGACAACAAGGAACCUGUGUGGAGGAGACCUCUUGGUGAGUCCUCAAGGACUCUACAUGUCCUAUUCUGCAGGGAGAAGCCCUGCCAGGUCUUUGGCAAGGCCAGCCAGUUGUCUGGGGAAGUCUCUGGUCCUGUGGCAGAGGGCGAGGAAUGGCAGAAAGAAGGGCAGCUCCACUGAGAGCAAAGGAUAACCCUUCUAGGCCUAUGACCUCCUAAUUAAUUUAUCUUUUCACCUGAUGCCUAUUCACAUUUUCUUACUAUCAUACAACUGUGAUCUUGAUGAGCAGCUGGGCUCUUGUUUUCUUAAUCAGUUCUUUGUUGUCACAGACGUUUUUAACUUACUCCAGCCCCUGAGAAUUAUUCACACCUUCUGUAUGCAGUAGGACCCUUGGUGGGCCUGUCAUCUCAAAAAUAGAAGGUUCAGUAAUCCACAAGAUUGGACUCCAGUCUACCUCAGGCCAGGAAAGAAGUCAGCCACCAUUAGUAAAAGAGCAAGGGAAAAAUUACAUAGGAAAAACAAGUGGCUUAAUCAGAAGAAAAGAUCCUCAACUUCUAAGGCCCGCACAUCUGCACCCCUCUCUUCUGAGCUUUGUAUAGUGAUGUUGUAUAACUCCAGAUGGUAGUAAAAGGCAGAGUUCUUCCCAGAAACGUCAUACAUGAUUUUCACUCUUACAUCUGUGAGGUUGGGUGGCAUUAUAGCACACAUUCAGGUGGGAUUAUAAAACCUAGGAUAAGAAGACAGAAUCCACAUAUCACAAUGCCAAAUGGACACCCUCCAGAACUUAUGGACCCAUUAAAAUUGAGCUUCAACCUGACCUCACGCCAUUCCACUCCCUUCCCGUUCUCCUGAUUGUUAUGUUUGCUAGAAGUAAAAGAUCAUGGUGCAGCCCCCAAUAUUCUCAUGCCUGGACUUGGCUAUUCAGGAAGAAUGAUAUUGUAAAAGUGAUGGCUACGUAGUUACAAUGUAGUAACACAAGGUCCAGGUUGACAUUUGCUCACUGAUGUCCAAUUUAAUUGUCUUGUUAUAUUUGAGAAAAGGAAGAUAUCCUACAUAAUAUAUAAAAGGGACAGAAACUUAUUCUUUUAUAUAUGCCCUGUAGUUGAUCACUAUGUUCCCAUGGAAAAGGAGUUUUUAUUGCAAAAGAAAUAGGAUUAUAGACCAUUGAUUUUGUGAAAUACAUGGAUAUGUAAAUGGAAACAAUGUCGGCUUUCAAGGACUGCACAGUAAGCAAAUAUUUCCAGGUUUUAUACACUCAGAGGUAUAGAAGAAAUAUAUUGGCCUCCAGAAAAAGGGAAAACCUUAGGAAUGGAAAUGUGUGUCACAUGCAUUGUCUCAAGUAGUAGAUUUACUUUUAAGUAAAGUCUCCCUCCUCCUUGGUCCCUAGAGAUUUGGGUGCUAAGAAAAAUCUGCUCUCAAAUUCAGGGUUGUAAGCAGCCCUCCCCAGCAAAAGCAUUGUUGACUUUUAAUGAAGCAGAGAGACAUAUCUAGCUUUGAAAUAGAGGUUGCCAAAUGGUAUUCCCAGUGACACAUGGGAGACUGGAGGAAAGGGUCCCCAGAGAAAUUCAUCAGUGUGGGGAGAGCUGGUUAGUAGGUAGGCCAUAGAACUUUCCAGUGACAUCACCAGUAAGCACUUCACUGGGCAAUCUAUUGUAUCUAAGAGAUCCCUAGAAUCUUCUGUGAUGUCACCAGUGUUGUGGUGACACCAACUGCCUUUGGGAUCUUUCUUCAGUUCCCUUUGGGUUCACAAGCAGGCAUGUUUCGCCAGCUGCUCAGGCUAUUUCGGAAGGAAAGGGGAGAUCAAGGAGAGACCAUACCAGGUCAGAGGGAAGCUGACCCCCUCUCUAGUGAAACAGGAAGGAGGAAAUCAUUCUGGGGAAGGCCUGGUUUUGGUAGGAAGGCAUCAUCCCAAAGUGUCAUAAGUCAGCAAGUGGAGUGUCUAAAGGAACUGGAGGAACUCAAAUUUGAAAUCCAGAAGUGUCAAUUCGAGAGGGAUGAACUUUACCAAAUCCUGGACCUUUAUAUCUAUGAUGAUUGGGACCACAGGCUGGAUGUCGAAUUGCCAGUCCUUCAAUCUGAACAUGAGAUGAGAAUGAUGGCUAUGCAAAUGAUGACCAACUCAAUAAGUGAUGCCAUGGAGAGGUACAAGGAGCUCAUACAAGUGAACAGUUCCUACCGCAUCAGGCAAUCCCAGCUCCUGCGUGAACAAGCUCAAUUGGAGAACAAUAUACAGAUUUUGCUGAAUGAGAAGAGAAAACUGCUGGUGGAGCAGACUGAACUGCCAGCAUCCUCUGUGGAGACAAAGAGGUUCUGUGAAGAGGCCGGAAUGAACAUCUGUGACCCCAGAGCCAAGCAACAGCAGGUCGGAAAUUCUCCAGCAGAAACUCGAACAUGACACAGUCCAGGACAAGAUCUCCCUUGGAGAGAAGAGCUACAGGAGGAGAACUAAGUGUGCACAGCAAAUACACCACUAUUGCAUCUCACCUGUAAUGUCCAUAGCAACUGUGGACUGCAUUUUCCUCCUGUAGUUUGAUUUCUUUGGAUUGAAUACGCUGUAUUUUCACCAUGCCUCUCUCCAGCAAGUGUACACUUUUUGAGGGACUCAGAGAAGUGCUGAUGCACAUCAAUCAAGAGCUGCUGGUCAUCCAGAAAGACUGUGCACAUGUAAAUUUGUACUUGUCCUGGUGGGUCAUCCAGAAGAGUUUCAUGGAGAUCAGUUCACAAUAUUGGACAGAAUUGGGACAAAGUCUGUAAUAUAAUUUCUACUCAGUGUUGGAUGGCUUUUUCCUUAAUACCCCCACUCCAACAAAACAGACCUACUUCCACUCCUCUUGAAAAGAUUAUUACCAUCACUAACUGCUUGUCUACUAUGUCUCCAAGGCAAGCCACAGGCUAUAAGUCUAUUCUGCAAAAGGAGCAGCAAAAAAUGCUUAGUGCAAUUCCUCUAUUUAAAGUUUGGUUAAUUUUUAAUUGUUUUGGUUAUUUGGUUUUCCUUCUAUUCAUUUGAAGAUUUGUUAUUUAUCUGUUGUUGUUGUUUUCUUCAUUUGCUUUUCUAUUUUGAUAAGGAUAUAGACUGUAUAUAUUGACUACCUGCAUCUGGUUACUAUCAAGUAAAUUGGAUGUAUUCUGGUCAAUAAAGGAGUAAUCUCAAA